AGGGUCACAUCACGCGUCACUGUACUCAAUAAUGGACCACGAUGACCAAAUUUCCACCUUCUUUCCUGUCGAAGAAUCUGUCGACUUAUAUGCUGUACUUUCUGUCUCCAAUGACUCCAAACUCGAUGAAAUCAAAAAGUCAUAUCGCCGUCUCGCUCUGAAAUACCACCCUGAUAAACACGCGACUGCCAGUGAAUCCGCGAAAAGUGAAGCUUCGCUCAAGUUUCAACAUGUUGGAUUCGCAUACGCUGUGCUGAGUGAUGAGAAGCGCAGGAGACGGUGGGACCUCACGGGGAAGACGGAUGAGGUCUUGAUCUCGCUCCAGGAGAGGAUGGUUGGGAGGCUUAUUUUGAGCAAAUGUUUGAUCGCGUCAUGAGAGGUCAAUUAGACGAGAUGAAGAAGGAAUAUCAGCGUAUGUAUGAUAAUUGCUUGUAGUGAUGCACUUGUUUGAUUUGUGAUGAUCCAGGCUCCUCCGAAGAAGUCGCAGACC